AAAUAUACGGAGUAUAAUGAAUCUUUACCAUACAUCACAGCUUAGCUCAUAAUCUAUUACGAGUAAUACAUAAAGCAGUUGGACUACCAUACAAGAAGUUUCAAGUAAUAGAUAUCAUCCAUGAUAGUUGAAAAAGUCAUCAAAUCAAUGCUUGACUUAUUAGAAAAUAAGAGUCAUCAUCACUCCAAUUCCACACCGAGUGAUGAUUGACUAAGUGAAUUAUUAGUUGGCUAAUCUCACGUCUUUUUAACAACUUAUCUCUUGAAACACAGACUAGCUUGCAGCUUGCUUGCUCUGCAACAUUGCAAAAAUCAAGCAAAUUUCUCUCUUUAUCUUUACAUGGAUUAUACACAGCUACCUCUUCACAAAUUUUGUUUCGAGUCGAUGUCUAGAUGAUCAAAAAUCUUUACUUCUUGAAUUCAAAAACAAUCUUACCUUCGCCCCUGAAGCUUCAGACAAGCUUGUGGGUUGGAACAAAAACAUAGACUGUUGUAGCUGGAGAGGCGUCAAAUGCGACAACUCCAAUGGUCAAGUCAUUGGCCUGGAUUUGAGUGGAAAAGAUAUCAUCGGCGGCAUCAACAACUCAAGUAGUUUGUUUUCUCUUCAGUUCCUCCGAAGUUUGAACUUGGCGAAUAACUAUGAUUUGCUAGGUGAAAUACCAUCAACAAUUGGGAAACUGUCUAGCCUAACUUACCUCAAUUUAUCCGAGGUAGGCUUCAGCGGACAAGUACCCAUUGGAAUUUCGCAACUUGUCAAAUUAGUUGUUCUUGAUGUUUCACAACCAGUGGCGGAUCCAUGUUGACGCCCGGGGGGCACGUGCUACCCCCACCAAAAAAAAAAAAAAAAUGCUGGAAAAGCGUCUUUUAUAUAUGUAUAUAUAUAUAUAUAUUAUAAUCUGCAAUGAUAUUAAGUGUCUCCAACAUUGCUUCAGUAGUAAGGAAGUUGGGUGAGUGAAUUAUGUGUCUUAAAGAAGUUCAGGGUUCGAGACCCCAUAGCAUCAUUUUAUUUAUUUAUUUAUUUUUUGGCUUUGAACCCAAAUGAAUUUCCACUUUCCUCCUAUUUAAUUAACAAAAGGAUAAGCUAUUACUAUCUUUUCAUGAUAAAUUUCUUUUUUCCGUUUUCACACUUUUUAUAAACAGUCCUUAUUAAUAUGAAAUACUCUCUCUGUUAUAUUUUAUUCAGUCUUCUCAUUUUCAUUACAUAAUAUUUAUUGCAUUUAUUUGGCCAUUAUUAAAUCUUGUUUAUAAUCGUGUGAAAAUUUACACUGAAAUAAAUAUAAAAAAUCAUACUCCAACUGUGUUUAAAUAAAUGAAACGUUUUGACUUUUUGUACAAUUCAUCUAAUUCACUUUAGCUAAUAUUCGUGAUUUAUACAUAACAAUAAAUAUAGUCAUGUGGUUACUUGUUGGAAUCGUCAUAUUUAUUACUAUAACAUUCAAUUGUCUUAAAGAAGUUCAGGGUUCGAGACCCCAUAGCAUCAUUUUAUUUUUAUUUUUUUUUUUUUUUUUUUUUGGCUUUGAACCCAAAUGAAUUUCCACUUUCCUCCUAUUUAAUUAACAAAAGGAUAAGCUAUUACUAUCUUUUCAUGAUAAAUUUUUUUUUUUCCGUUUUCACACUUUUUAUAAACAGUCCUUAUUAAUAUGAAAUACUCUCUCUGUUAUAUUUUAUUCAGUCUUCUCAUUUUCAUUACAUAAUAUUUAUUGCAUUUAUUUGGCCAUUAUUAAAUCUUGUUUAUAAUCGUGUGAAAAUUUACACUGAAAUAAAUAUAAAAAAUCAUACUCCAACUGUGUUUAAAUAAAUGAAACGUUUUGACUUUUUGUACAAUUCAUCUAAUUCACUUUAGCUAAUAUUUGUGAUUUAUACAUAACAAUAAAUAUAGUCAUGUGGUUACUUGUUGGAAUCGUCAUAUUUAUUACUAUAACAUUCAAUUGUUAUAAGUUUAAUUAUUAAAGAUAUAUAUUUUCAGUCAAAGUUUUACAUUAGCAUAUGUGCUAUAUGUGCACAAGGAAAAAUUUAUACCAAAGUUUUUGGUAUAAAUUCAUAUGCAACUUUGACAAAAUAAAAAAUAAAUAGGUGGAAAGUUUGUAAUAGUAUAAUCGAUAUCUACAAUAUAAUUGAAUUAUUUGUAAAAAAAUAAAAAUAAUAAAAAAAAAACCUUGUCAAUAUAAAUGUUUGAAUUUGAUUGUUAAUUAUUAUACGACUACACAACACAUUAUAUAAAUUAUCGCGACUGGGAGGAAGUUCCGAAAGAAGUUAUUGAUGACCUCUAUAAAUUCAUUACGGUAAGAUUAAAGGCUUUUUUAUUACUUCCAUGAUCAUGAGUUAGUUGCAGAAUUGGAGAAUACUUUGUUCUGUUGUUUGUAGACUGUGAAUUGAAGAAUCUGGUAGGGUUGGAUUUCUUUUUUUUUUUUGUUUUUCCCCAUGAAAUUCCCAUAUCUUCUUAAUGCUAACACAUUGAUUUAAACUUUGUGCCUUUUUAGUGAAAUUUUAAAAAAAUCUGGUUCAUUUCAAUGCCAUUGGCACCAUUGAGACUGACCGCAUGUAAUGACUGGUAGCUAAUAGCCAUUGUGAUGUUCUUUCUUAAAGAAUCAAUCAUUAUCACAGGAAUGGUGCCCAAGUGGAUGUGGGGAAUUUUAUCUGGAGGAGAUAUCACAUUAAACCUUUCAUCCAACCACUUUGUAGGAAUACACCCACCUCGAACACUCUCAAACACUUCAAAGUCAUCAUUCUUUUCCGUCACUACCUUAACCCUUGACCUUCAUUCCAAUAAUCUUCAAGUGAAUGGGAAUUUUUUGCAAGGACAGAUACCUGGAUCACUUGCCAACUGCAAAGCAUUACAGGUUUUAGAUUUGGGGAACAAUAGAUUAUAUGACACCCUUCCUUGCCACUUGGAAAGCUUGUCCGACUUAAAAGUUCUCGUCCUUAGAUCCAACAACUUCCAUGGAACAAUGGUGUGCCUAGAGAGCCCCUCAGUUUGGCCACAGCUUCAAAUUGUGGAUUUAGCUUCCAAUCAUUUUAAUAGUGGACUAACAGCACCGAUGAUUCUUAAGUGGACAUCAAUGAUGGCUAGCGCAACUAAAGAGCAAACAGAACCAGGCUAUGUGCAAAGUAAUGUAUCCUCUACAUACUAUCAAAAUUCUGUGACAAUCAACCUCAAAGGUCAUUCCUAUGAGUUGCAGUACAUCCUGAUAACUUUCACAAGCAUUGACUUUUCGAGCAAUGCUUUCCAUGGAGAGCUUCCAAGAGAAUUGGGAAAUCUAAAUGCUCUUGUAGUGCUCAACCUUUCUCACAACUCAUUUUGGGGCCAUAUUCCAUCAUCAUUUGGAAAUUUGAGUCAGAUUGAAUCGUUGGAUCUCUCUUGCAAUGCCUUAACUGGGAAGAUACCUGGAGAGCUUGGAAACUUAAAUUUCCUUGGCUACCUGAACCUAUCCUUCAACAAACUAACAGGAAUGAUCCCAACAAGCACUCAACUUCAGUCAUUCGAUGCAUCUUCAUACGAAGGCAACCAAGCAUUGUAUGGCCCACCAUUGACUGAGCCAGAUUCGAGGGCAACUCCACCUACCUCUUCAGAAGGAUCAUAUUGGAGUUCAAAGAACAACAUAGAGUGGAUGCUGAUGGGUGCUGAAGUCGGGUUUCCUGUUGGGAUUAUGAUCUUCAUUGGGCCUCUUCUCUACAUCAAGAGAUAUAGAGAAUGGUAUUGCAAGCAUCUUCAUAGACUGGUCAUGAAAAUCCUACGCAAGGAAGAUAAGAGUGCAAGGGGAAGGAGGGGAAGAAGAAGGAGAAACCAACAAAGGCAAAUGCGCUAGACCCAUAUAAAGGAUGUAACAGUAAAAACAUAUGGAUGGUAUUGCUGGCAUGUACGGAUUACAGAAAUGCAUUGUGCCAACUUAGAGUUUAUAAUUAAGAGCCACUGGUAAUAAAAUUGUGUAGCAUUUAAUUAGUAUAGUUUGAAAAAUUGUAAGGGUUGUAU